AUGGAGUGCCAGUCAAGGCCGUCGAUUCCGUCAAGAUUCAAGGUGCAGAUCUUGCCCAAUUCACUUGAAAAAAAGGCUUUCUCAUCAACAGAAGCCCGAUUCAAAGAUUCAAAUAUCUCAGAAACCCCUGGUCCAGGAGCGUACUCAAAUCAGAAGGAUUGGGGAGUCGGUGAAUCGCCAUCUUUUGGAAAGCGUGGAACUGGCUAUUUCGCCUCGCAAUCAAGGCGUUUACCUCGGAUGAAGAAGCAGGGUGGCCCGUCAGCAAGUACUUACGCGAUUUCAACAAAUUUUUCGGAUAGAAAAGAUUUCUCCCGAGCUUAUAGCUACGGUUUUCAGAUCCCAAGAACCCAGCCAAUCAAAAAAAUUGCCGAGAAAACUCCUGCUCCGAACAAAUACGAUCCUGUCAAGAGCUUGCAAAACCUGGAAAAAUCACAAGGAACCACUUCUGUAUUCAAAAGCAAAAGCAAAAGGGGACUGAAGACCAGUGCUUCUUCCACUGUUGCGCCAAAUGCAUACAAUCCAAAGCCGCUGGAAAAGAAAUCCUCUACUAUGAACUGGUUUAGAGAUACUGCUGAGCGAUUCCCUUUGAAAAAUGAGUACUCAGAUGGGCCAGGACCGGCAGCGUACUCCAGCAGCACAAAUCUGAAAGCUUCAAAAAGCAAUACAACGAAUCAACCAUGCAGAGGAUGGAAUCUUAUUUCCGCUCCAGCAUUGCCAGUUGACAAACCAGGUCCUCUUCCUGGACCGGGGCAAUAUGAUGUUGGGGUCUACAAAUCCCCAGUUAAAGAAUCCAUGGGAAGCUACAUGUUCAAAUCCAACUCAUCCCGACUAACCAAGGCAAAGAUUGCAAGUCAACCCGGCCCGGGAGCCUACACGCCGAAAGAAUUCGAGCGUUUUUCUUACAGACAUCCAGCAAGCAAUCACUUCGUCGCUGCGUAA